AUGAAUCGAAUUCAAAAUGAUUCUGUUUUGGCAGAAAAAGCCAUGAAUACACUACCUAACAUUGAUAAAUCUAUCAAGAGUACCACUACGACUACGACUCCUACUACUAAACGAGCCCCCUUAACAAAAGCCUAUAGCUGUUCAGAUGAUUCACCGCCGAUUACAACUGGCCAUUGUGCAUUUAUAACCCCGAGACAAUUUGUUGAAACCGUUUUUCAAAAUAAUAGUUCACAAAAAAUGCCUAUAUUUGAUUGCCGAUCCCAAAUGGACUUCGGUUCCGAACGUAUACGUUCAUCGCAUAAUAUAAAUUGUCGAACGAAAAUUAUGGCAAGAAAAUUGGCGUCAAAACGUUUAGACGAAAUUGAGCCAACUCUAUCCGUAACAUUAAACGGUUCCGAUACUGUUAUUCUCUAUGAUCAAUCAACUGAUGUAAAAGCACAAGAAAAAAUACAUUCUCUACCGAUUAAUCUUGUUGUACAAGCAGCACAAAAAUCUAAUAAAAAAGUUCAGAUCAUUCAAGGAGGUUUGGAUGCGGUCAAAACUGAAUAUCCACAUUUGAUUGAAUGUCCAUCGGAAAUAUUUAAAGAAAAAUAUGAACAAGAUCUCAUUCUCCCACCAUCAAGUCCCGAUGCUAUUGACAAAGAAAAUGUUGUCAUGUCUGAAAUUUUACCACAUAUAUUUGUUGGUAAUGUUUUUGAUGCACAGGAUCGAGAUCGUUUGACUCAAAAUGGCAUUACUCAUAUCGUUAAUUGUACACCGGAUUUACCUUGUUGUUGGGACAAGAAAUAUGAAUACAUGCGAAUAGCUGCACUCGAUUCACCGUCACAAAACAUUCGCAAACAUUUCGACGAAUUCAUAGACUUCAUCGAUAGUGCAUUACGUGUAAAAACCAAUAAUGUUCUUGUUCAUUGCUCAGCUGGCAUCAGUCGUAGUCCAACAUUGGUACUCGCUUAUAUGAUGAAAAAAAAUCGCUGGACCUUAGAAGAAGCAUUUGAUAAAAUGCGCAAAUUACGUAAGAUUGUUGAUCCGAAUGUAAGUUUUAUUAUCCAAUUAAGAGAAUGGGAAAAGCAUAUAAUACCAACUAUAACAACACCAGCAGCAACAAGCACAAGUGACAUGAAUGAUGAUAAUUCAGGGAUAAAUACAAGCAGCAGUAGUACGAGAUCAGCGUCAAAUACAUACUGCGGAUCAACAUCAAAAAGUAAAACAGAUACAAAACCAUGUUCUGAUUCAGUUAUUAUUGUUAGUUAA